GGUUUCUGCUUUGCAUGACGGGUAAUUUAACAUGGCGGACGAACACACCACAAAUGUAGCUAGCGAGCAUGAAGAAGAAGAUGACGACGAUGAUGUUGCUGAGGCUAUCGCCAUGUCGCUGGCGUCCGGUUCUACAGAUGAUACCAGAACUAAAGCCUCGGGUACGGAUAAGCUAAGGGAGUAUGGCGAAUUUAUGGAUAGCCCUGAAGCAAGGUUGUUUCUCUGCCAGAUGACUGAAAUGGGGUUGUCUGAAAAUGCGUCAGUGAAGGGUCUGUACUAUACCCACUGCAGAUCUGUAGAUGAGGCCACUUCUUGGGUCUUUGACAACAUGCAUUUACCUGAUAUUAAUGAGCCAUUACAAAUGUACCCAGAGACAGAGGACUCUGAGGCGGGAUUCUCUGAUCCAUACAAGAUGGCGUUUGUUGUUAACUCAGAGCUUAAUAUGGGUGUUGGCAAAGUGGCAGCACAGGUUGGGCACGCUGCUGUUGGACUUUAUAGGGCGUUACUUCAAGACCAGGAUGACCUGGGGCACAUGCUAAUGAGCUGGGAAGAUUCUGGAGGUAUGAAGGUUGUCCUUAAAGGAGAAAAUACUGCACACUUAUUAGAUAUGGAGACACAAGCUAAACGGCUGCAGCUGCCUUUCUAUCUUGUACAAGAUGCUGGCAGAACACAGAUUGCUUCUGGAUCUGUGACUGUUCUUGGGAUAUUUGGGGCAACAGAAGAGGUCAACAAAAUCACAGGCAAACUUAGGCUUCUAUAAGAAACAUCUCAUUCAAAUAAAGCAAUGCAAUUGCUUUUCAUAAGUAAUGGCUUUAACCUCACACAGGGGAAACAUGCCCCCAACCACCAUCACCUAUCUCCUUGAAGUUGAAAUUUGAGUGCAGACAGAAGGCCAGCCUUUUUACUCUAUAUUUUAUUUUUACUGAUUCGGACAAAUAUAAAACAUAACAAAGCCUUAUUUCAAUGCACCAAACACCAAAGAGUGUGUAAAUAAAAAUUUUGAUAAAUAAAAAUCAUGAUGCAAUAUAUAAAAUAAUGUAUUACACAAUUCUUCAAUAGAACUUUUAGAUGGGAAUCAAUUCAAGUUAUUUGUUUUAUUCUCAUAAACAAAAAGCAAGCAGAAGGUUCAACUUUUAUUAUUUUGAUGGCUUGAAAAUUAAAUAAAAGUCAGCCACAUUUUUUGAGAUAGAAAAUCUCAGUAAAUCUCAUUCAAUAGAGUCAAAAUAUUUAUUGAAUGUUAUUAUACUAUUCAUAGAGGUACAGAAUUAAAAUUUUAGAAUGUUAA